AUUCAACAGACAUACUCAAUAUUUUUAUAUGAGCUAUUUUUCGCUGUGAGGACAGCCUAAAUCACUGAAAAUUUUAUAAAUUUGGCACCGUGCAUAAGUCGUUCAAUGCAACCAACAGUCUCAUAUAAAACUCACUAGAAAGCCACUAGUUCGUUGCUUAGCAACGCGUCUGUAAACAAAAUAUAAAAUUUAAAUUGUGGUUCCAUUAUUGAAGGAUGUUACAGAGAUCUUUUUCCAUUGUUGAGGACGAUGACGUUUUCACUCUGGAAAAGGCAGACGCCAAAAAUGAGAAGGUUGAAGCGCUACAUAAGAGCGAAAAUAUUUCAGAUUUGGAGUUAAGCAGUUCUGAAGAGAACAGCAACAGUCCUAUCAAAGUGGGUGCCUCAGACUUAUCCGACCUUGCCGCUGAUAAGGUGAUAGAGGAGUCUAAAAAAGAUUCAACGAAAUUUGAAAGAAGGAAGUCUCGAGUGUCCAGCGCGGGUCCGUCUGGUAGACCAAGGCAGGGUAGUCUCAAAAAGACCCCGUCAACUGAAGAGAAGCUGCCUCAUCUUUCCAGCGACAGUGAUGACAGCGACAACGAUCCUGAUAAGGGAAAGUUCACUGUUCCCGGAGAGUACGAUCCAAAGUUGUAUGAAAACUUAGAGGUGGAUGAGGAGGUUAAGGAUGUGUUCCAGUUUAUUCAGAGAUACAUUCCUCAACAACUGAAUUUGGACUAUAAAUUCAAGCCGUUCAUACCGGAGUAUUUACCGGCAGUUGGAGACAUUGAUGCUUUCCUCAAAGUGAUACCGCCUGAUGUCACGAUAGAUGGGCAGAAAUUCGACGAGAAAUCUUUGAAUCUCGGACUGAUUGUGUUGGAUGAACCAGCGUUGAAUCAAAGUGACUCUGCUUUGCUUCACCUUCAAUUGAGGGCAGCCUCUGCCGACUUGAGUGUUCACAAAAAUGAGAAGCAUGUGGUCGCGAAAAAAGUUGAAAAUGUGGAAAAGAAUGCCAAAGUGAUCGAUAAAUGGAUCAAAGAUAUUUCCGAUCUUCAUAAAACUAAAUCCUCAACUUUUGUGCGAUAUUCUGAACCCAUGCCGGAUCUGGACGACCUCAUGCAACAAUGGCCCGAAGAGAUGGAGGCGAAGCUGAAAGCAGAAGGCUUUCCGAAGCCCAAAGAAGGAACAUCUCUUGAUGAAUACGUAGAAACAGUGUGCAACAUUUUCGAAAUCCCUGUUCUGAAGAAGAAAACUCAAUCUUUACAUCUGUUGUUUUGCUUGUACGCGGCGAUCAAACAGACUCAACUGUACCAAAGCUCUGCUUCGAACGAGAAAGCUGGAGGCGCUGGAUAUCAGGGCAAAAAGGAAGCUGAUCAAUUAGUGCUUGAUUGAAAAUUGAGGUCAAUAUUAAAUGUAUUCUUGUUUGAUGUCUCAGUUGAUCGACUAGGAUCCAAAUAUAGUUUAGUAGAUAC